CGAUAUGUUGAUUUUUUUCUUUGCUUUAACCAUCAAUUGUUUAUAAACUUCAUUAACAACUAAGUUAACUUAAUUGGGAGUUUCAAAUAUGGGAAGAUCUAUAAUAUUAAUGUCAUAAUUAGAUUAAACAAAUACAAAUGAACUAAUGCAAGCACUCAAUCAGAUAAAAAAUAAUAUUUUAGUAAUUAAUCACAUCAAAUUUAUAGGAUAAAAUAGAAUCAGAAACCAAAUCAUAUAACAUAUAUACAAAUAGAUAAUAGAGUGACAUUGAUUACUAUGGCCAUAGAAUAAAUGAUUUACAGGUAGAAUUAGCAACAUUAUAAGUUGAAAUUAGAAGAUUAGAUCGAUCGAUAACAUUUUAGGAAGCAGACAUUAUAUCAAAAAAGUAAGAAGUUUAGAAUAUGAUCAACUCUAAAUAAUCUCUGAUUGAUUGGUAAAAUAAAGAAGAUCAAUUAUAUUCGAACUAAUAAAAUUCCUAUAAUAAAGCAUUAAGUUCUAUUGAUACUGCUAUUGAUCUAUUGGAAAAGGGGAAAUGUAUGAAAUAUUCAAAAAUUAUUAGAAUCAAAUUUUAUUGAAGAACAUUCUGAGACUUUUAGCAUAGUUGGUGAAGAGUUACAAAAUAAUUUGGAACCAGAAUACUAAUAAAUUGCAUUGACAUUUUCUUAAAUUUCUUUAGACAAAUUUGCUGAUCAUGAUUUAAUUAGAAGGUCAACAAGAUUAUUAUAAAAACUUAGAGCAAGUAUUUCAGAUUAAAAGAUUAAAUUGUUAAAUACAUAAAAUUCAGAAAAAUCUCAAAAUGAUAUAGCAAUAAGAUUGCAUGAAAAUAAGAUUCAAUAAGUGAAUAAUGAUUUAAUCAAAAUUUUAAUGGAAGAUCAUGAAGUUAUGUUGCAAUAAUAUAAGUUAAAGAAGAGUCUUAUAGAUUAGAUACAAUAAUCUAUUUAAAAUAGUCAAUAAUUGAUCAUACAAUUGAAUAAUGAAAUUUAAUUGAGAUAAAAAAAUUAUAAGCAAUUAAUUACCUAAUAUUAGUAAGAAAUAUAAAUAAUAAAUGAUUGCAUAUAAUAAAUUUAAAAUCAUUGA